AUGGACUCUACAAUCAAUAUGAUCAAGCAAAUAAGAUCUCAGCUUGAGGAGGACAGCAGGAUGGAAACACAUGAGAGGGUUAAGAGAAAGAGGGAGCAAAGCCCAGAGACAAACAACAAAAGACCCCACCAAAAGACAGAGCGAGCAAGGGAGAGGAGAAGGAGGAAGAGGGAGAGGAGGAGACAGAGGCUCUUGUAUGAGAAGAAGGAAGAGCAAAGGUGGAAAAGACCAAGAAGCAGCGACAGGGAUGAAUCAGAAGAAGGAGAAAGUGCCUGGAAGAGACCACACAUGGACGAAGAAAGAUGUGAUCCACUGGACAUUUCCAGCUACAAUUUCCAUCACGAGCUGGGCAAUGGAUCAUUUGGCAAUGUUAUGUUAGCAUCAUUGCCCAACAGAAAGAAACCAGUGGCAAUUAAAAUCCUUAAGAAAGAGAACAUCAAGCUUAAAGAAAGAUAUGAGACCGAAGUGAAGGUGAUGAAGCUGGCUUGGAAAUGCCCUUUCCUGUGCAACAUCCAUGCAGCAUUCCAAACACAGCUGCAUGCCUUCAUUGUGAUGGAAUAUGCAAGUGGAGGAAGCCUACAAGAUCUUCUAAACAACAGAGGCUAUCUGGACAUGGACUCCGUACUGUACUACGCAGCUGAGAUGGUGUGCGGCCUGCAAUUUCUGCACUCUGAAGGAAUUAUCCAUCGAGACUUCAAACCGGAAAACAUUCUGUUCAGCAACAAGGGACACAUCAAGAUUGCUGACUUUGGAUUGGCUGCUGAGAACGUAUUUGGCAACAAAACCAUCUCAGGAUCAAUUGGGACAUUGCACAACAUGGCCCCAGAGAUGAUCCAGUGUCAAAUCUACAAUUCAGCAGUAGACUGGUGGGCUUUUGGGAUUGUCUUGUGCAAAAUGGCCACUGGAAGAUCACCUUUUUAUGAAGGCCGUAAAGCAGAGAAAUGCAUCCAUUUUAUCCUCAAUUGCCAGCCCAGCUAUUCAGAACAGCUCAGUACAGAACUGCAAGAUCUUCUGGAAAAGCUCCUAAAGAAGAAGCCAUACCAGCGGCUUGGGUUCAAGGGGGAUAUAAGGAGACACCCCUUUUUCAAAUCCAUCAACUGGAUCAAAGUAGAAAUACAAAAUGUUGAACCACCUUUCCAGCCAGAACCUCAACCAAAUCCUGAUGUGAGCAUUCCAGCAAGUGCCUUAGAGGUCCUCAACAUUGACACCGCCUCAACUCACAGCUACAGUCUUCAGGAUUUCACAUAUCUGAGUCCCAGCUGGCAGGCAUAAGCCCACUUACUACAACUGUGGGAAAGGAUACAUCAACUCGAAGUUCAGUUCCCAUCCAACUGGAAAACAUCUUAAUUUGUUCAAAAGCACACCCGUCUGCUGUAUGAAUUCACAGAUCCAUUUGCAGCUCUACCAUCAGCUUCACCUGAUGCAUCGUUGCUACAUAAAGAUCAGCAGCCAACUCCACAAGUCAUCAGUCCCACCAUCAAAUCCAUCUCUGGAACUACCAUCAAGUCCAUCUUGCAUUUCCAUCAAAGCUACUUCAUCACCUAUACUUCCAUCUCCAGGUGAAAACAUUGGGUCUGGCCUACCAUCAGUUGUAUCUCUGUAUGGACUUACUAAGCUACCCUCUCUAACCCUCAUAUAAAUGUGUAAGAGGAGCUGAUGUAAGUAUGUUUAAAUGGUGGUAAGUAUUUUAAAUUGAUUAAAAGAGCUGGGAUCCUUUGGUUAUAUAAGUUUUGGCUAAAUGAUAUAACUAAAGGGCUCUUAUAAAACAGAUUAGUAUAAAAUCAAACUAGACUUAGGGUGAUAGUAGAAAUGUAAAUGCAGAGGAUAGUUACAAGAGGAUAA